AUGUGGGCCAAGUGUCCGGCCGGGCAAUUUUCCCUCGUUUCGACGGUCUACUUCAGUCUGCUGCUCGAUAACAUACUCCUGACCGUAGUGGUGCCGAUCGUACCGGACUAUCUUUACGUAACAAACGGCAGCAGCAGCAGCAGCAGCGAUUUAGUCGUGGACGAGAACGGCCGAGUCGGUCUGCUGCUCAGCUCCAAGGCGCUGGUGCAGCUCGUGCUGAAUCCGGCGGUGGGCAGCCUGACCGGCCGCCUGGGCUACGCCAGGCCUCUGCUGCUCGGCAACGUCGGCCUACUACUGGUCGCUCUGCUUUUCGCCUUCGGCCGCACCUACGCGGUGCUGUUCUUGGCCAGGAGCGUGCAGGGCCUGUCGUCGGCCUGCAUCGGCGUCUCGGGCAUGUCGCUCGUCGCCUCGCGCUACCCCGAGGAGGAUCAGCGCUCGCGCGUCAUGGGCUACGUGCUGGGCAGCGUCGCGCUGGGCGUGCUGCUGGGCUAUCCCAUGGGCUCGGUGCUCUACGAUCUCGGCGGCAAACGGGCGCCCUUUCUGCUCGUGGCCGCCCUCGUCGCCGCUCUCAUCGUGGUUCAGAUCUACGCGGUGGAAUUCGACGCCGUCGAGCAGAAAGCCGAGAGCGACGCCAACUGGAUGCGUCUGCUGCUGGACCCGAGGAUCCUGAUAAUUGCCGGCGCCAUCUGGAUCUCGACCACGCCCAUGGCCAUACUCGAGCCCUGUCUGCCCAUCUGGCUGAGGAGUCACAUCAAACCGAAGAAAUGGCAACUCGGCACGGUCUUCAUACCCGACAGUCUGGGCUACCUGCUGGGCACGAACUUCUUCGGUCUGUGGGCCUUCCGCCACGGGCGCUGCCGCACCGCCGUACUGGCCAUGGCCGUGGUGGGCCUGAGCGCCCUGGGCAUACCCCGGGCCCGCAGCAUGGCCGAGCUCGCGGUGCCGCAUCUCGGCCUCGGCCUCGGCAUCGGCGUGGCGGACGCGGCCCUCGUGCCGCUGCUCGCCGCCCUUGUCGAUCGUCGUCCCACCGCCUCCUACGGGCCCGUCUACUCGCUCCAGCAGGCCGCCGUCUGUCUCGCUUACUCGCUCGGACCUAUAGCCAGCGGCGAGCUCGUGAAGAGCAUCGGCUUCGAGUGGGUGAUGCGACUUGCCGGUCUCGCCUGUCUGGCCUACUGUCCGCUCCUCGUCUAUCUGGCCCGCGAGCGACGUCGCACGGCCGACGAGAUCACGAUCAUCCCCAUGACGGACCGUCGGGGGAUCAACGACGCGGCGAACAACAGGCAGACGUACAGCAGCGUCGAGAAAGCACCCGCCAGCAGCCAGGCUCGGUAUCAGCGAUUUCGCGACGAUAGCACGGACGACGACGCGGGACUCUAA